AUGGUGUCACAAGAAUUGACCGAGGGGGGAAAAAUCCCAGAUACUAACGGUGUUUCUGUUGCUGACAAUGUUUCUGACAAAAUGGAUGUUGAUAAUGUUGUUGUUGACGAGGAACCCGAUGGAAUAGAGAGCGGAAACGCGUUAGGGAUAGUGGAACAGUCUUCAAACAGUACCAUUAAGGAAGAAGUAACAGGUACGCAUAGUUUAACCGAGGAAAAAGAGAAACUACCUGAAGAUGUCCACCCUAACAAUUAUGAGAGGCAUGUGACUGAAAAUGGGUCAACUGAAGCCAUCUCCGACGAGCAAAACAAAAAUAUCGAAAUGGAAAAAGGGGAAACAGAAGCCACCGAGAUGAUUCCAUCGACAGUAGAAGUGGAACAGCCAGACUCAUCUAUUCAAAUUAAAUCAGAGAAGGAAGCUCCAGAGUUUGAGAAAAAUGGUGAACGGUCAAGCAAUGAAGACGAUGAUUUAUUCAAUGAUCCUUUAAUACCCACAAUAGAUAGAGACGAUCCGAACGAUGAAGAUUUCAACGAGGAGGAUAAAACUAACUCUCCAGGAGAACAUGAAGAUGACCUUCACGAUACUGUACUCCGUAUAGAAAACACGAAAAAUAAAAACAAUAAAGACUCUCUAAAAAUUGAGGCUGCAGCUAGAGGGGAUAGAUUGAACGAGCAGACAUUCACUAUAGUUCUUCCCUCAUAUUCCUCUUGGUUUGAGCUAUCUUCCAUACAUGACAUUGAGAGGGAAUCACUGCCAGAGUUUUUCCAAGGACAAAACAAAUCUAAAACACCAGAAAUUUAUAUCAAGUAUAGAAACUUUAUGGUUAACUCAUAUCGUUUGAACCCGAAUGACUACUUAUCAUUUACUGCAGUAAGAAGGAAUUUGAUUGGUGAUUCAGGUGCCCUACUACGGAUUCACAAGUUUUUAACCAAAUGGGGGAUAAUAAACUACCAAGUUAAUCCGGAGACACGGCCACAGCAAAUCGAACCUCCAUAUACUGGUGAUUUUAUUGUCGACUAUGAUACUCCAAGAGGUAUGUUCCCCUUUGAAAGCUAUAAACCACCCACUGAAUUCCCAGACUUGUCUCACUUUAAGUCACUAAUAGGGAAUAAAAACCAAAACGAAACACAAACAAAGUUUGAAGAAGGCGAGCGUGAAGGGGAACCAAAACUUAAAAAGCAAAGGAUUAUAAAAGCUGACAUAAAUAAAGACUGGUCAGAAAAGUCACUCCAGAAAUUAGUAGAUGGUGUAUCACAAUUCAAAAACGAUUGGUAUAAAAUUGCCGCACACGUUGGGGAUAACAAGACAGCUGAGGAGUGCAUUAUAAGGUUUUUACAAUUACCAAUUGAGGAUAAAUUUUUGGAAGAUAAUAAAGAUUUAUUGGGCCCUUUAAAGUAUGUUCCAAAUUUGUCAUUUUCUUCAAAGGAAAAUCCUAUUAUGUCCACAUUAUCUUUUUUAGCUAAUCUCGUUGACACGGAUGUGGCAGCAGCAGCCUCAAAUAGAGCAAUAAAAGUUGCUGACAAAAAGCUAGAGAAAAAGCUAAAUCGCUUUAAAGAAAGUGAACCAACUAAAGAGAAGACUGCAGAUGAUCCACUUGUAGAUAUAAAAGAUGCGGCAGUGAAUGCUUUUGGUAUAAUUGGAGCUAGAUCCCAUUUAUUUGCGACAUUUGAAGAGAGAGAAAUGCAUAGAUCACUUGUGAACAUCUUACAGCAUCAAAUGAAGAUAGUUGAUAUGAAACUGGAGAAACUCAAUGCAUUGGAGAAAGAAUUUGAGCUAAGUAAGAGGUAUUUAGAGAAGAAGUCGGAUGAGUUACUUGAAGAGAAGCUAAGCAUCUUCAAGUAUAACAAUGCGGCAACCUCGAAACUUUUACAAGCUGUAUCAUUAAUGGAGUCCGCUGAAGAUCUGAAAGAGGUAGAUGUUGAGCAAGUAAAACUGUUAAUCAAACAGUCUAAAGACAUUUUAUAUCAACCCCCACGGAAACAGCUCAAUAUUCUAGAAGAAGGGGGGUCUGAUGAUGCCGCUGAAAAUGAUAACGAUCCGAUCAAGCCUGUUAGUUUUGAAGCUCCUAUGUUGUACAGAUACUGGAGUGGCUAA